AACUGCCGUCCGCCGAACGCCUUCUACUUUUCGCCACUUCUCCUCACUCUACUCUCUGUUUCUCUUAUUACUCAUUACUCUGCGCGAACUUCUGGAUCAUACAUCCCCUCAGGGCCUCCAAAUCGCUAAAGACACCCCAUUUUACAGUUUCCACAAGUUAUCUUGAUUGCUACUCACAGUGACUUAAUCUUCCUGUACUUAUAAAGAUACUAAGGGCGAGGCAAAGGCCUAGGAAGAUAGAAAGAGAGUGGAUGGUGGGCCAAGAUGAACUCCCAGCAACGACCUCGGUCGUUGGAGUUGAUAACACUUUUCGUAAAAAAUUUGAUCGAGAAGAAUACUUGCAGCGUGCCCGUGAACGAGAAGAAAAGGAGGCUGAUGGACAAAGGGCAAAGUCACGAGGUCCUCCUGUGCAGAGGAAACCCUUGAAGCAAAGGGAUUACGAAGUGGAUCUUGAGUCCCGAUUGGGAAAGACCCAGGUUGUGACUCCAAUUGCACCCCUAAGCCAACAGGCCGGAUACUAUUGCUCAGUUUGUGAAUGUGUUGUAAAAGAUUCAGCAAAUUACUUAGACCAUAUCAAUGGGAAAAAGCAUCAACGAGCUUUGGGUAUGUCUAUGCGAGUGGAGCGGGCAUCUUUGCAGCAGGUCCAAGAGCGAUUUGAAAUGCUGAAGAAACGGAAAGAUAGUUCAAGCAUUACUGUUCAAGAUUUUGAUGAGAAGGUGUUGAAACAACAGCAAGAAGAGGAGGAGCGGAAACGGCAACGUCGAGAAAAGAAGAAAGAGAAAAAGAAAGAGAAAACGACAGAAGAGGAACCCGAAGAGGACCCUGAUGUUGCCGCAAUGAUGGGAUUUGGAGGUUUUCGGACAUCUAAGAAGUAAUUUCGCGCUUGCAGACUUGCAGCUAACCUUAAAACUGCUGUAUUAAUGUGUGAGGGUCGUAUGUUAUACCCAGUUGUCACAUUUCACACUAUCAUUGCAGAAAAAUGUUCAUUGUGUUUCCAGGCAAUCCAGGGUAUGUAUUAUUUCACUGUUCAUUUUUCACCAAGUGGAGUAAUUUCAUUGUGAGAGUCACAUGAAUUUGUGAGCUGUUAUAGACUAUUAGCAUAACUCAUGAGUGAUUAUCUAGCGUAGACGCUUGUAAAGAAUUUAUAAUUUUCAAUGUUUAAUAUCCAAAAUGAUAUUAUUAAAUACUCUUAUACUCCUCAAUCCCAAACUAAACUUUCUGGUUUCCUUUCAAGGAAAAAUAUCAGUUCUUAUC